GCACAGGAGCGGUCGCAGUCAUGGAGCCAGAUCCAGGACAACUGUCUGCGAGCUUUGCUGGCCUUUCCUUAAGCAUCGGCCCUGUCUCUGUCGCGUCCGUGGUGGCGAGUACGAUCACUCAAGCCCCUUCCGGAGCAACCACGUCUAUGUCUUCACUACCCGUAUCCUCUACCACCAGUACCCAGCCAUCGAGUACACUUAGCUCAGGCGCUACCACCGUCUUCUCCACGACACCCAGUUCUCAGUCCUCUUCUAGUCAGGGGACAACGUCCUUGUCCUCCGCUUCAGCAUCAACACGGAUGUCGUCCAAUCCAUCUGGAGCGCUUUACGCAGACAAGACAGGCUUCAAAGUCGGCGUUUCCUUCGGUGCCUUGGCCACUCUCGGCUUGCUCGUAGCUCUCGUGUCGUGGUGGCUCCGCAUGCGUCAAAGGACCCGCACUCGAGCCCUGGAGAACUCGGUCGUCUGGCCGUGGGCCAAAGAGACUCCAAGCGACCUACCCAGAAGUCCAGCAGGUCUAGAGACAGGUUUUGGGGCACAUGCAUCGAAUGGCGAUGGGGCUAAUGUCUGGAGUGCUGGUUGUCUCGACCGCCUCGACGCGAUCAGCCCGACCGACGGGCGCCUACCGACACUUCCUCCGGCUGUGCACUCUUUGAACGACACACCGUACCAGACGGUGCAGCUGCAUCACACGAACAGCAGCGUCCCUGAUCUCGCGCCGAACAUGGGAGCGCUUCAAGUGACAAACCUCGUUCCGGGCGACAUCACAUCGGGUUCCGAGAGCAGUCGCGCAAGUUCGGUGUUGAGCAUGGCCUUCGUGGGGCAUACCCCGAUGCCCGAGUGCGGAACCCCUUACGAACCAAUGGCUUUCCUGGGCGCCCAGGAUAACGGACUACCUGUGCCCUGGGCUCCUUUUCACGCACACAAGAAGACGACAGAUUUCUUCCGCUUGAAGUCUUCAGGCAACAUCAGCGAGAAGAGCGUGGGUCCCUUGCCGUAUCCUGGGGACAUCGACCACGGGGUUUCCGCACAGGGAAGUUGGGCGGCGUCGAUCAAGACGAACCUUGUUCACGCGUUCAAUGCAGUCGUCGGAGGGCCCACCCCGAGCAAUACGGCUGCGGAUCAUCUAACUACUUCGCCGCGCAGGAAGAAACGCGACUGGAAGCACGGCGCCGACGUCCUGCAUUACAGCGUUGACACGCUGUCCAGAGGUGCCUCUAUCCGCUCUAGCCACUCAGACGUCAAGGAGUGGCCACCAGAGGAGGUCGAGGGCAACGCGUAUCUCACCCACCAGGACGCACCGACAGGUGGGCUGCCGGAGGCCCAUUCAUGGGCGUCCAUUCCCCUCGAGGAUGAACCGCAGAAGAGUCCCCAGGCGGAGGUGAAGGAAGAAAUUGCAACAACGGCAUAUGACGCGGAGGACAACAGGCUAGACAUUAUAGAGGAGUAUUACGCCGAGCAGGCCUUUGGGAGCCCGUCCCUUCACGUGGAUGCGGAUCCUCCCCGGUUGCCAGAUAUCCCCCAGGUAUCUCACACCCCCUCACUGUCAUCACUCGCGAUCGUAUGCGAAGGGCGUUCGCAGCGCAAGUCGACGAAGUACAGGAAAUCGGGGCCGCGCAAGAAGACCCGCGGGUCGCGCAGGCCGACGUUGGUGACCCGCAAGUCUUCGUCGGCAUGUUCGGUAGGCUCGGACAUGUCUCGACAGUCAAGCGUGUGCUCUGAGCGGUUGACCGAUGGUGAGGCGUUCGCGAAACGGAUGUUGAGGGAGAGAAGGAGGCGGGUGAUGGAAAUGGGGGCCGCGAGGUAGCCUGAGAGGGCUCGCUAGUAUCAAGUUGUACGCUUGAUCGUCGAACAUACAAAUGUCGCAUUUCACUCUAGUAUCUACUCA